UUAGCACCAACAUUUACGGCAAGUCCUCCAGAUCUAUUCUAUGUUCUGGAAGGUAACAACAUCACCUUGAUGUGGCACUACAACCUUGAUGGAUCGUUUGAUGAUGUUGUCUUUCGGUUCAUCGGCAGCACUUCCACCCUCACCAUUGUGGAUAAACAUGACAUAAACCGCGACGCUGCGGUUCCAGAAAGUGUUUACCAGGGUCGCAUUCUAGAAAAUAUCAAUGCUACCCAAGCAGAAAUUACAAUCUUUGCACUGCAGAGAUCGGAGAGUGGAGAGUACGAAAUUGAAUUGAUCAACAGUAAUCGGCUGCGUGUUAGUGACAGAGUGACUGUUCAAGUACAGUGUAAGUUAAUUAUCAUUAGUUGACAGAAAUAGAUCUCAACCGAUCUUUAUUGGAUGAAACAUCCUGAAACAAGCCAUAGGGCGGAAUUGUCUCAUAUUUCUUUUAGCUACUUUGAAAGUUUUGUUUUGUACUGGUUUUUAACUGCCUUUGACAUUUAGCUUGCCACUGCAUUGUGGUGAAACCUGCCGGCAAGGAUUCUCCUGGAAUCAGAAAAAAAUCCCCAACACUCGCGUAGAAUACACAUUGACUAACUAAAUAAAAAGGGCAGUUUCAAGUCCUAUCUUUUCCUAAAUCGUAACCAGUUAGACCAUAGGAAUCAAUCCAUCUAACCCAUUUGAUAUCAUAAAUAUACCAUAUUCUGUGCGAUAGCUCUGAGCUCUGAAAAUUUUUUACUUCCUCUUCCUUUCGUCUUUGGAGGGUUAAAGCACAUUGACUGCUUCCAGUCUUACUCCCAUACAAUUAAUAUGCAGCGGGGGACAACUACCCUUGUGAAAGAAACGUUGAUGUUUGAACUCUUGCAUUUACAUGUAGAAAGCUGUUUCUUUCUUUCUUUUUUUUAAAUUUCAAUCGUGCUUCAAAAACAGAUUUCAGAAAAGAGAGUGUACAUGCAAGGAAUUCUUUCUGCUUGCCUAAUAUUUACAGGAGCACUGUAUUUAUAUAGUAAACGUAGAAUCUUAAAGCAGCACAAAUGUCUGUCGAAUAAUCGAUUAACCUGCAAUUAGUACAAUUGCAAAGAUCAAGAAAUUGAAAUUGUGAAUGUUUAGAUAUUUCGGGAUGGCGCCCAUUCAGACGACAUGGGAGUGCAUUAGUAAAAAAUUGUUGACUUGUAGGUAAAAUUUUCGACUAUUAUUUUAGUAUCUUUUUUUGGGGGGUAGAUUGGUUCAAUUUUGCGAUAUAACUGUGAGAUAACUUAUCAUUGUUGUCUAUUUUGAACAGAUCCACCAGAGUUAAAUUUAAUCAGUAGAGAUGUAGUUACUGUUGAAGGUGACCCGGGUGUCAUAUUAGAGUACAUCGCAAAAUGUGUGCAAAAUUGUUUUUUUUGUCAUUUAUCUAUCAGAUCCACCAGAAUUAAACGUUAGUGGCGAUGUAGUUGUUAUUGCACAGCAGUUGGUGAACCAAUACCAAACAUCACCUGGACCAGAUUACGUGCCAAUGAAACUGACAGUGGAGUAGUGGCAACUGGGAAUCAGUUUGUCCUUGAAAACAACAGAAAUAAUAGUGGAACAUAUCGUUGUACAGCAUAUAAUGCAAUAGGAACUGCAUUAAAUCGCACAGUUACAGUUAAUGUUAAUUGUGAGUACAUGUGGUGUAUAGUUUAUAGCGCGUACAACAAACUAAAGGUCAAUUAAUAAUGUAUAUAAUGGCAGGAACCCGUAUGUAUUAAUGACCAAGUUUUUUUGAUCGAGGUGACUGGAUAUUAGCAGGUUCUUUUUCUGAGACGAAGUUUACGCCCAUAAAAAAGCCAAAAUAACGAGCAAAAUAAACCUUCGAGAGUUUUCUAUGUUCCCUUUGCUUUGACUGUCCUCUAACGAUUCCAUCACCGACAUUGUCGAAAAAUUGCAAACUUUGCGGGUCCGCACGGGAUCAAAGCGGGCAAGAUGGUCCGCUCAGAAAGCCAAUAAAACGCUGAAACUGCUUUCUAUUGCACAUGGGCGCAGCCAGCUGUAUGACAAGAAUAUAUACUGUAAAUAGCUGUAACUGGAUGUUCUAAUUUUGUUAUGAGCUAGAUGGAUAGUCUUUGAUUAAAUAUUAGAGAUUCUCAUUGUCCAUAUACUGAAUAUCCCAUCCACGCACGUUGGAAGUACCCUUUCAAACUUCACGUGUGAAGAUAACCAUGUCGUCAUGGUAACCGGGUUUACCUAUUUUUUUUCUUUUGAUUUUAGAACAUCUCUCAGAUUGAAAGAUUAUUUUGUCAUGACAGCCUUUUUAUUUUUAUGUCCCAUGUUAAAGGCACUUUUGCAUGCUGAGUUCUUGGGUGUGGCCAUGCGAUAUCCUUAAAGUACGAUUUAAAGGGUUUAGGAAACUGAAUGACUUAGAAUCAUGGUAAUUAGAGUAUAUGCAUGUUCUAUCUUCGUGCAGCCUGAUAAUUUCAUCUAUGCUUCAUAAUUUUUAUUGCAGUCUUUUUCGUCUCUUUAGAUAAACCAGAGAAUGUCAAGUUAAUGGUAAAUGACUCAGUUGUAAGUGAAAGUGAUGUCAUCAGUAUCACCUGCUCAGCAGAUGGUCAACCUGCAGUGCAUACUUAUCAACUAUUCGAGAAUGAAAUACCAGUUAAUAAUGGAAACAGCUCAGCUGGGGCAUGGAUAAGGAAAGAUUUAAAAGAAGGAGACGUUAGCUACAGAUGUGUGGCUAAUAACACUGUUGGUACAACUGAGACGACUGUAAAUGUCACAUUGAAAGGUACAGAAGUAGUUGUAUAAUGAUAAUAAUAAUAAUAAUAAUAACAAUAAUAAUAAUAAUAAUAAUAAUAAUAAUAAUACUAAUAAUUGAUAUUUAAACAGGGUGACCCCUUCAGUCACAAGACUGGUAUCGGGCCCUGAAUAACAUAAAAUAGAAGAGAGUAAAAUAAAAAAUAUAUAUACACAUAUCAAUAAGAACCAACUGAUAUAAAAAGUAACAAUGUUCGAUUUCAGAAUGUUCUAGAAAUAGCCUAAGAAUAAAAAGCGGAGAUAGCCGGGAAACGUUCCUUAGGUGGUAAAGUCUUAAUGUUUUUGGAAGACUUUUGAAUGUCAUUGCACCAUGAUAGUAAAAAGACCUUUUAGCGACAUCUAGAUGAAGUUUAGGAAGAAUAAUGUCAGUGAUUGACGAUCUAGUACAUCUAUGUUGGUUGUCGCUCUGACUGCGUAACAUGAAAUAUUCUUUAAAGUAUGAAGGAACUUCUCCAACUAAGCACUUGUUAACUAACAGUGCACAGUGCUUUUCCAUAGUUCUUGUAAGAGGCGGUCAGCGUAGGUUCUCAAGUAUUGAUUCCGUGGCUAUGUCAGGUUUAAAACCGUAUACGAUUCUCGCAGCUCGUCGUUGCAGGCGUUCCAGAGUCUUUCUGUUAGUGCUUCCCAAAGGGCGGAAGCACGUAUCACAAUAGCUUAAUAUCGGCAGCACCGUGGACAAAUAGAUCUUAUUUGCUGCUUCCGUGGUUAAACAACCUCGUAAUCGUGACAGGAGGCCAAGUUUGCUGGCAACUUUUGACCUUACAUAAUUUAUGUGAUCGUUGAAAGAUAAACACUCAUCAAGUAAGACUCCAAGAUACUUGAACGACUUUACUUGGUUAACUUCCUUCCCUUCCAUGCAGAGCGGACUAUGAGAUUCAGAUCUAAUUAGCCUCUGCCGAGUUCCAAAUACAACGUACUCAGUUUUCUUUAGGUUGAGGAAGAGACCAUUCGCUGUCAGCCAAUUUAAGAUCAAGGCUUAAGUUCAGCUGUAAUUGGUCAAUGCUCUAAGCAGCAGAAAAGAUAACAGUGUCGUCGGCAUACAACAUAACACUAGACAGACCAACGGCUAAAGGAAGGUCGUUUAUGUAAAGAAUAAACAGUAGAGGCCCUAACGCGGAACCUUGAGGUACUCCGCUACUGAUGUUAGCGGCAGACGAAAGGUGAUUUCCAAUGGACACGCUCUGAGUCCUGUUAGUGAGAUAGCUCUCAAACCACGAGAAAGGCUGGUCUUGAAUUCCAUAUCUAAACAACUUGUUUAAAAGACCAUCAUGAGGAACAGUAUCGAAGGCCUUUUUCAGGUCGAUAAACAUUGCCCCCGUCAAUAGCCCUUUGUCCAUACGUCCACGAAUUUUAUCUAUAAGGAAGGUAAUGGCCAACUGAGUUGAAUGACUUGCGCGAAAACCUGAUUGAUAUGGCGAGAGGAGGGAGUUUUUUGAUAGGUAGCUAUGUAGCUGAUGGAAGACAGCUUUCUCCAGAAUUUUCGACAGGAUCGGUAAAAUUGAUAUAGGUCUGUAAUUGUCCAGAUCAUCUUUGUUUCCAGAUUUGAACAAGGGUACAACCUUUGCUUGUUUCCAUUCAGACGGGACCGUACCAGAUUUAAUGGAGAGAUUUAGCAAAUGUGUUACACGGUCAGCUAUCACAACUGCGCUGUCCUUUAAAAGUCGAGCUGGUAGACCGUCUAUACCAGUGGCAUUCUUGAGUUUUAGGCAUUUAAGUUGCUUAAGCACAAAUGGCUUAUCCACUGCCGUGAACUCAAAGUGUUUCUUUGUAAACAAAUCCUCAGUUGUAGAUUUAAAAACUGGUCUGGCAUACCUGAACGAUUCAAAUAACUUGUUCACAACAGGUGUAAAGAAAGAGUUGAACAAUUCUGAAAUGCUUUGUUUAUCAGUAAUAAUCUUGACCUCAGCCUUGAUACAUGUUGGGAUAGAUUUCAGUUUUGCGUCCGGCAAUAUUUUCUUUACAGAUCUCCAGAAAGAUUCAGAAUCGCCGCUAUUCUCUUCGAGUAAUGAUCUACUAUAGUUUUCUUCAGAAAGUUUAAGCCUUGCACUGACUUUAUUCCGGAGUAGUCGAUAUGUGGCCAAAUCGGUGUCUAAUUUUGAUCUACGGAAUUUCUUGAGACUGGCAUCCCGAGCUCUCAUUAUCUGUUUGAUUUCCAACGUAAGCCAUGGACAAUUACGACCUCUUACUUUUUUGUCGAUUAGUGGGCCGGAGCGUGUUUGUAACACUCAGCCGUAAAGUUGUACUUCCACAAAGACCAAGCUCAUCGACGUUAGUCGAACUCAACACAGUAUCCCAAGGGAUUUUCUUCAAAUCACUGCAGAAAAUUUUUGGAUCGUAUUUAGCAUAAUUCCUGCACUUUAUCACACGAGGUUGUUCCUUGAGGUUGUUUAUCUUUCGAACUGAAAUUAGCAUAUCAUGAUCGCUCAGACAGGAUUCAGCAACUACGGCUUGAAAAGUGUUUCGUGGAUUUGUGGUGGCAAACAAAUCAAUAAGUGUAGUGGUGGUUGACGUAGUCCGUGUUGGAUCAUUAAUCAGCAGUGUUAAACCAAAGGAUUUAAAAAUCUCUUUCAACUUUUUGGUUUCGAGGCUUGGUUUCUUAGGCAACAAUAAUUUCUUUUCCCUCAGCCGCAGCAUAGUCCAAGCUGUUGUAAAAGCGAUCCAUAUAAUCUAGGUCAGGCUGGCUAACCGACUCUGAUGGUGGCCGAUAGAAUGUUCCAAACAGUAAGCCUUUAGAUUUGGGCAGCAAGAUCUCAAUCCAAACAGAUUCAUCAAUCUCGAGGUCUGAUUGGCGCACAGCAUUAAUUGACUCACUGACGAACACUGCUACACCGCCUCCUUUCUUUACCAAUCUAUCUCUUCUAAAAAGUGUAAAGCCAGGCAACGACACUUCUGCAUCCGAAAUGUUACUGUUAAGCCAUGUCUCAAUUAAAGCUAUGAUGUGAAUUCGCGGACUUUGCGUUAAGAAAACACGUAGUUCAUUUAACUUCUUCCUCAAGCUUCUGUUUUGAUGGAUGAACUUAAGACCACGCAACUUUAGGGUAGCAUCAGAUUUUGCUGGUACAAAAAAGCUAUCGUUUAGACUGUCAUAAGACUGUUGCUCAGCAGAAGAAGGAACUGAGCAGUAAUGACAAGUCGAGGCAGAUUAAGAGCUCGCAUCCAGAAAUUUUAAAUGGAAGCGCGAUUUGCAUAAAAUGCAAAUUCCAAAAGCCUGAUUUCUUCUGAUUAUAUAUAGCUAUUAGUUUACAUAUGGUAAAUGAAUUCUUGUUUUACACUGGUGUGGUGUGUAAUGCUUCUAAUGCCGUUUUUCCUCUAAUAUUAUGUAUUGAGCAUUUAACUUCAAAUGGUAACUUUCAGAGGGAGAGGUUCAGAGUGCAACAAAUGUCUUAAUUACCGAAUAGGCUAAAGCCGGGCUUUACACAGGAAAUGUAGCAAAAGAAAAACAUGUACAUGUUCAUGUAUUCUGUGGUUAAAAACAAAACCGAGCCCGUAAGAAAGGAGAUCUAGCUACAUCUGCAGAGAUUAAGAAGGCAAAACAGGCAUAAAGGCCUAUGGCCCUUGGCUCUCAAAAGCUAUGGGCCAUUUUUAAAAAGCACGAACCAUUGCAAUGAUGGGAUGGACUGGAAGAAAAGAAACAUAGGUAUUUUUGUUGGUGAGGUUGAUUUUGAUAUUGUGUAUUAGUUGUACAGUUUCUUGUAGCUUACGUGGUAAUCAAAUAGUUUAAUCCAGGUGUGACUUACAUAAAAGUCAAACAAACUCAAAACCUGUCCAUUUCAUGUGAAAAGCAAUCACAGCCCUUUGCAGUAUUGUCUUAUGACGGCUUUUAUAUUCUUACUCUGUCAAAACGAUCCUGUACCUUCAACUGUUAACUGAUGACUGUCAGACUCAAUCCUAUCCAGGACUCCAAUUGAAAAAUGGUCACUACAAUAAAAAAAAAAAUGGUCACCCCAUCCAUAAUCCAUAUUAUGCUAUAUGAAAGUUUAGUUAGUCUAAUGAUACUGUACGUUCGCAACACUUCUAUUUGCCAAAUUGUCAAGUAUACUUGCUAGCCGACUAAAAAAUUGUGUCAAUGGUCAAAGGAAAGAGAGUGAGGAAACUGACUGUUAGAAGUAGAAACAAUUUACUUCAAAGUUACCGAGACCGGGUAGCAAGUUAUGUUCAAUACAAUUUCAGUGUAUAGAUCAGCUGAGAAACGUCUCUCACUUGGAGUGAGCUAAAAAGUUCAAUAUCGAAAAUAACGUCUUGACUCACUUGAUAAUUUAUCACCAAACUUUCAAAUGGAAAGUUGAUGGUUGGACUUAAAUGCUGCAUGUAAUAUAACCCAAUCUGCAAAAUCAGUUCUACUUAAUCACCACUCUCUUUAGGUAUUUGGGUAUGAGAGAGUUAUGGAACUGCAAGAGAGGAAAAGAGAGAGAAAGGAGACACAGGCAUUUGUUCCUUCCAUAAAUAGACCGAAAAUCAAGACAUUUAUCAUGUUUUUCCUUUUCUUUAUCUGGUGUUUGCCAGUAUGCCACUUCUGAGUUCCUGCGGUUCAGGGAUCUGUUGCGGAAAUUAUGGCGGGAGGACGAGGCCAAGUGCGAAGUCAUUCUCAUCGAUACAAAGAAUUAAGUGCAGUGGUGGUGAAAGUGAGAUAAAAUUUUUCGGAAUUCAUUUGGGGAGAGUCAUUUCCUGUAUUUACAUGCUAUAUGCCCAUGGCGCACAGCCUCCUUAAUCCCAGCACCUGUACAGUGCUGACACAUUUUUUUCAUAGCAGUCUUUAUCACCUGUAGCUGAAAUGCACAUUGUACAGCUGGAAAUCACACUUUUCAUAGCCAGUGUAUUUGGCUGGAAGCCAGCACUUACUGAAAAUCCUGCUGAAGGAAAACGAAAUAAGAACAUAUCUGAGUUUUAGGAUAAGUUACAUAUAAUCUCGAAGGUCAUAGUCUCAAAUUUUGAUAUUAAAUUUACUUUGAAUUCUUUUAUUUAUUUUUUACUGGGACUAAUGAUGUACACGUGAAAGUAUCAACCGUGAACCUAUAAACAAUAGUUUUCAUCUUGUGAGAUCAACUAAAGCUAUAAAAUUUCCUUAUUUCUCGAGAAUGCUUUUGCGUUAUGCAAAGGAAUAAAAAAAAUUUCAUCCCUGUGCUCUAGAAAUGAUUAUAAUUACUACUGAUCGAAUAAAAAUAUGCAUUAAGGUCUAGACUGGUCAUCCUGUAGCACUUUUUCUACUCUUUGCUAAGUGUGAUUUGGUAGAUUCUUGAGCUGCAGGCAUUCUUCUCUCUUUUCUCAAGCUUGUGAAAUUAAUAAAGAGUAAGAAGCAUUUGGGAGGCUGCAUUGUUUUACUGCAUUGGAAAUUGAAUAGAGAAUAACGCUAGAUAUCUAUUGGUUUUAGGUGUUCAACGUGAUAUACCGAGGUCCACAUGAGGAGAGAAAUUUACAACCACAAGCAACCAUGCAUUUUUAUUCUUUCUUAUUUUAACUUCUCAGUUUGUUGGCAACCACAAUUAAAAAAAAAAUUGACGAACAACCUUAGAUUGAGAAUUCUGGAUGCUUUGUCUAUCAUUUAUUACCCCGAAAAAUGGUGCGAAAGGAAAGAGACGUUUCGGCAGCUGAUUAGCAAUAUCAAACACGUCAAAAUCGUAAAUUUACAGAAUCAUGUACAGUUACGGCUUUCCCUAAGGCUGUUGUAAAAAUCUACAGUUGAUAGAAUAAAAAAAUUCCCUACAAUUUUGGAGAAAACUGUGUGACGCUUAAAACUCGGUGAAAUGUAGCAUUCCAUGUUUGAUUUAAAUCUCACAGAUAAACCAGAAAAGUUCAACUUCACAGUAAGUCAAUCAACUGUGUGCCAGGGUUCUGUGGUCACGUUCAAUUGUUCAGCAGAUGGAAAUCCCCCCGUGGAUACAUAUCAGUUGUUAGAGAAUGGUGUGCCCAUGAGGAAUGGCAGCAGCAGUCCUGGAAUGUGGAGCAAGAACAUGUCAACUGGAGGAGUGUUUAACUACAAAUGCAUGGCAAACAAUUCUGUGGGAACAGCGUACAGCAUGAUGGCAACAGUUACUGUACAUGGUAGGCAACAAAUAGAGAAUUAUCUGUUGUGAAUUCUCUGAUACAAUAUUAUGUGUGGGCUUAUUAACUUUUGUUCUCUCUCUGAUGUCACCAAUUAAAUGGAAUAUGCAAUUUAUAAAACCGGUGAUUUCUUCCUGAAAAAAAUCAUGCCAUAGAUGUAGUGGCUACUGGUGAGUCUGGACUAUUUCAUUAGUUUGUGCUUAUGAAAUUGAGAGAUCCUCGCAACUAAGAACACUACUGAAACGAGUAGUUGAAAUAGGACCUGGAAAAAAUUCAGGCCCGAACGGGAUAUGAACCAUGGCCUCUGCGAUACCGGUGCAGCGCUCUACCAACCUAGCUUACAAAAUUUUAAGCUAGGUUGACAGUUGACAACUAAGCACAAACAUUUACAAUUUUUGACUAAUAAAGUGAUCUAGACUCACCAGCAGCCACUUAAUCUAUAACAUGAUUAUUAAUGUUCUUUACAACUACAGCGACGAUCACUUGAGGAGCUGUGAAUACCAAAAUGCUCAAGAGAGGUUUAAAACUUUUUGGAGACCCAUUUUUUUCCCAUUUAUAUGUGCAUGACAUAACAUCCUUCUUCACAUAAAGAAUGAGUUUAUUUGUAUUUAAAUCAUAGUAUCAUCAUCCGUACAAGCUAUGCAAGAUCAGAAUGUAACUGAAGGCCACAAUUUUACUUUGACAUGUAAUGUAUCUGAAAUACCUCCACCAUUGGUGUCUUGGAUUAAGCCUGAUGGUCAGAGUGUUGCUGGAAAGGUAUUGGAGUUUAUGAAAAUUAACAGGAGUGAAGCAGGAGAAUACACAUGUGAAGCGAGUAACGAGUGUGGCAACUCAACAGAGAUGGCAAGCAUUGAUGUGCAGUGUAAGCAUUUCAUCUUUAAAAUCCAUUACCAUAUUGCUUUAGACCCUGUGGAGAAAAGCAUUUUGUAAAACCUUAUGGCUGCUUUAAAUUUUGCUUUUUUACAGUUAAACCGGAGAAUGUGGAGCUGGAAAUAUCUGCAAUGAAUGAUAAAGUCUGUCAGGUUGAUGUCGUCAACUUUACCUGCUCAGCUAUUGCUAAUCCAGCAGUGAGCUCAUACCAGCUGUUUGAGAACGACACUGCUAUUUUACCCAAAAACGCUGUAGGAAUGUGGAACAGGACAUUUACAAGUGGAGGAGUGUAUUUCUACAAAUGUGUGGCUAGUAACACGAUGGGAUCAAUAAACAGCACGAGUGUUAUGCUUACAGUCAACGGUAACUUCUUUGAAUUUUGUCACUAUAAAUUUUUGCUUUCUCCCUUUUGCUUCAGUAAAUGUUUUGGCGAAGUACAUUUUUGGUGAGUUGAUGACUUACCCUAAUUCUUAUGAAGGAACGAUCGUCAUUAAGUGAAUCUUGUUCUACAUGUAUGUGUCCAAAUUUUUAAAUUAUGCAUGGGUGCGUGUGUCUGUGUAUCAUUUUCUUCUUGUAAUAUGAACUCAAACUGUAAAAAUUCCUCAUUUCUUAGGAAUAAUGUAGGAAUUAUGCAAAUGCAUAAAAAAAUGAAUAUAUGAUGAGUGUGUAGUUUCAUAAACAUGUAUGUUUACAAUUGGCAUUUUUUAUCUUUUGUUCUGUGCAGUGCCCUCUAAAGUUUAUCCGUUGGAGAACAUCACAGUGAUAGAGGGAGAAAACAGGACUUUAACCUGUUAUGUUUCUGGAAGUCCUGCGCUGACUGUAACAUGGACAGAAGUUAGCAGUCGUAGUCAGUCCAAUGGAAUCAUGCGUUAUCUUACAAACAUCAACAGGAGUAAUGCUGGUGAAUACGAAUGUAAAGCUAAAAAUGACUGUGGAAACAGCUCUGCCAGAACUUUCCUCACUGUGCUCUGUAAGUAAUUAUAAUGACUAACGAUCAAAUAAAAAUAUGCAUUAAGGUCUAGAGUGCUCAUCAUCUAGCACAUUUCCCACUCUUUGCUAAGAGCAAGUUGGUACAUUCAAGAGCUUUGACGCAUUUCUCUCUUUUCCUCUGGUUUGUUUUGAAAUUAAUUGUGACGUGUCGGUAGCUGAUUAGCAAUAUCAAACACGUAAAAAGUUGUCAUAAUUUUACACAAUCACGUACAGUUACGGUUUUCCCUAGGGCUGGAAAUCGUUGUAAACAUCUGUAGUUUAUAGAAUAAAACAUUUUGCCCAACAAUUUUGGAGAAAACUGAGUUACGCUUGCAAUGCAAUGAAAUGUGGCAUUACAUUUCUGAUUUAAAUCUUACAGAUAAACCAGAAAAGUUCAACUUCACAGUAAGUAACUCAACUGUGUGCCAGGGUUCUGUGGUCACCGUCAACUGUUCAGCGGAUGGAAAUCCCCCUGUGGAUACAUAUCAGUUGUUAGAAAAUGGUGUGCCUGUGAGAGAUAGCAGCAACAGUCCUGGAAUGUGGAGCAGGAACAUGUCAACUGGAGGAGUGUUUAACUACAAGUGCAUGGCAAACAACUCUGCGGGAACAGCGUACAGCAUGAGCGUAACAGUUACUGUAAAUGGUGGGCAACAAAUAGAGGAUUGUCUGUUGUAAAUUCUCUGAUUUGGCAUCAUGAGUGGGUUCUUCAAUUUAAUGCUCUUGCUUUGAUGUCAUCAAUUAAAUGAAAUAUGCAAUUUAUGAACUUGGCUUUCUAAGCAUACCAGUAAUAAAUGUAAAUAAAGGUGACAUUUAAAAAAGAUGAUGCUGCAGCUGAGAGACUGGUAAUUUCUUCUUACGAAAUAUUCAUGCCAUACAUUAAGUGACUACUGGUGAUUCUAGACCAUUUUAAUGGUGGAACCGUGGAAUUGUUUUUGCUUAGUUAUCAGCUGUCAACCUAGCUAAAAAAUAUUCUUGACAACUGCAAUAAAGAUCACUAGAAGAGCUGUGAAUAUCAAACUCCUGAGGAGAGGUUUAAAACUUCUUGAAGACCCAUUUUUCCCCAUGUACAUGUGCAUGACACAACAUCCUUCCUUACAUAAGAAAUAAGUUUUUUUUGUAUUUAAAUCACAGUACCAUCAUCCAUACAAGCAAUUCGAAAUCAGAAUGUAACUGAAGGCCACAAUUUUACUCUGACAUGUAAUGUAUCUGGAUUGCCUCCACCAUGGGUGUCUUGGAUUAAGCCUGAUGGUCAGAGUGUUGCUGAAAAGGUAUUGGAGUUUAUGGAAAUUAACAGGAGUGAAGUAGGAGAAUACACAUGUGAAGCGAGUAACGAGUGUGGCAACUCAACAGAGAUGGCAAGCAUUGAUGUGCAGUGUAAGCAUUUCAUCUAUAAAAGUCAUUACCAUAUUGCUUUAGACGCUGAGGAGAAAAGCAUUUUGCAAAACCUCAUGGCUGUUUUAAAUUUUUGCCUUUUCAUAGUCAAACCGGAGAAUGUGGAACUGGCAAUAUCUGCAAUGAACAAUAAAUCCUGUCUGGGUGAUGUCGUCAACUUUACCUGCUCAGCUCAUGCUAAUCCAGCAGUGAGCUUAUACCAGCUGUUUGAGAACGAUACUGCUCUUUUAGACACAAACGCUGUAGGAAUGUGGAACAGGACAUUUACAAGUGGAGGAGUGUAUUUCUACAAAUGUGUGGCUAGUAACACGAUGGGAUCAAUAAACAGCACGAGUGUUAUGCUUACAGUCAAUGGUAACUUCUUUGAAUUUUGUCAUUAUAAAUUUUUGCUUUCUCCCUUUUGCUUCAGUAAAUGUUUUGGCGAAGUAUAUUUUUGGUGAGUUGAUGACUUACCCUAAUUCUUAUGAAAGAACGAUCGUCAUUAAGUGAAUCUUGUUCUACAUGUAUGUGUCCAAAUUCUUAAAUUAUGCAUGGGUGCGUGUGUCUGUGUAUCAUUUUCUUCUUGUAAUAUGAACUCAAACUGUAAAAAUUCCUCAUUUCUUAGGAAUAAUGUAGGAAUUAUGCAAAUGCAUAAAAAAAUGAAUAUAUGAUGAGUGUGUAGUUUCAUAAAAAUGCAUGUUUACAAUUGGCAUUUUUUAUCUUUUGUUCUGUGCAGUGCCCUCUAAAGUUUAUCCGUUGGAGAACAUCACAGUGAUAGAGGGAGAAAACAGGACUUUAACCUGUAAUGUUUCUGGAAGUCCUGUGCUGACUGUAGCAUGGACAGAAGUUAGCAGUCGUAGUCAGUCCAAUGGAAUCAUGCGUUAUCUUACAAACAUCAACAGGAGUAAUGCUGGUGAAUACGAAUGUAAAGCUAAAAAUGACUGUGGAAACAGCUCUGCCAGAACUUUCCUCACUGUGCUCUGUAAGUAAUUAUAACGACUAACGAUCAAGUAAAAAUAUGGACUAAGGUCUAGAGUGCUCAUCUUCUAGCACAUUUUCCACUCUUUGCUAAGUGCAAAUCGGUACAUUCUCGAGCUUUGACGCAUUUCUCUCUUUUCCUCUGGCUUGUUUUAAUUAAAUUAAUUGAGAAUAAGAAGCACUUGGGAGGCUGCAUGGGCUUACUGGAUGGGAAAUUGAAUAGAGAAUAACACUAGAUAUAUAAAUUCUUUUUAGGCGUUCAACUUGAUAUAUCGAGGUCCUCAUGAGAAGAGAAAUUCAUAUCCAUAAGCAACCAUACAUCAUUUUUUUAUUAUAAUGUUAAUAUCUCAGUUUUGUUAGCAACCAUAAUCCAAAAAAAAUUGACGAACAACCUUGAAUUGAGAAUUGUGAAUACUUUGUCGGUCGCUUAUGAACCUGACAGAAUGGUGCGAAAGGCAAGUGACGUGUCGGCAGGUGAUUAGCAAUAUCAAACACGUAACAAGCUGUCAUAAAUUUACACAAUCACGCACAGUUACGGUUUUCCCUAGGGCUGGAAUCGUUGUAAACAUCUGUAGUUUAUAGAAUAAAACAUUUUGCCCAACAAUUUCGGAGAAAACUGAGUGACGCUUGCAAUGCAGUGAAAUGUGGCGUUCCAUUUCUGAUUUAAAUCUUACAGAUAAACCAGAAAAGUUCAACUUCACAGUAAGUAACUCAACUGUGUGCCAGGGUUCUGUGGUCACCGUCAACUGUUCAGCGGAUGGAAAUCCCCCUGUGGAUACAUAUCAGUUGUUAGAAAAUGGUGUGCCUGUGAGAGAUAGCAGCAACAGUCCUGGAAUGUGGAGCAGGAACAUGUCAACUGGAGGAGUGUUUAACUACAAAUGCAUGGCAAACAACUCUGCAGGAACAGCGUACAGCAUAAGCGUAACAGUUACCGUAAAUGGUGGGCAACAAAUAGAGAAUUGUCUGUUGUGAAUUCUCUGAUUUGACAUUAUGUGUGGGUUCUUCAAUUUAAUGCUCUUGCUUUGAUGUCAUCAAUUAAAUGAAAUGUGCAAUUUAUAAACUUAGCUUUCUAAGCAUACCAGUAAUACUUGUAGAUAAAGUUGACACUUAAAAAGAUGAAGCUGCAGCUGAGAGACUGGUAAUUUCUUCCUACGAAAUAUUCAUGCCAUAUAUUUAGUGACUACUGGUGAUUCUAGACCAUUUUAAUGGUGGAACCGUGGAAUUGUUUUUGCUUAGUUAUCAGCUGUCAACCUAGCUAAAAAAUAUUCUUGACAACUACAAUAAAGAUCACUAGAAGAGCUGUGCAUAUCAAACUCCUGAAGAGAGGUUUAAAACUUUUUGAAGACCCAUUUUUCCCCAUGUACAUGUGCAUGACACAACAUCCUUCCUUACAUAAGAAAUAAGUUUUUUUUGUAUUUAAAUCACAGUACCAUCAUCCAUACAAGCAAUUCGAAAUCAGAAUGUAACUGAAGGCCACAAUUUCACUCUGACAUGUAAUGUAUCUGGAUUGCCUCCACCAUGGGUGUCUUGGAUUAAGCCUGAUGGUCAGAGUGUUGCUGGAAAGGUAUUGGAGUUUAUGGAAAUUAACAGGAGUAAAGCUGGAGAAUACACAUGUGAAGCGAGUAACGAGUGUGGCAACUCAACAGAGAUGGCAAGCAUUGAUGUGCAGUGUAAGUAUUUCAUCUUUAAAAGCCAUUACCAUAUUGCUUUAGACCCUGUGGAGAAAAGCAUUUUGCAAAACCUUAUGGCUGUUUUAAAUUUUUACUUUUUCAUAGUCAAACCGGAGAAUGCGGAACUGGCAAUAUCUGCAAUGAACAAUAAAUCCUGUCUGGGUGAUGUCGUCAACUUUACCUGCUCAGCUAAUGCUAAUCCAGCAGUGAGCUUAUACCAGCUGUUUGAGAACGACACUGCUCUUUUAGACACAAACGCUGUAGGAAUGUGGAACAGGACAUUUACAAGUGGAGGAGUGUAUUUCUACAAAUGUGUGGCUAAUAACACGCUGGGAUCAAUAAAUAGUACAAGUGUUAUGCUUAAAGUCAACGGUAAUUUCUUUGCAUUAUGUCGCUCUGAAUUUAGCUUUCUGCUUUUUGCUUCAGAAAAUGUUUUCAGGCUAAUAAUAUACAUGAAAACAUUACUCAGUUCUGAUUGGUUAAGAUAGAUGCAGUUUUCAGGUUAUUCAGUGCAGAAGAGAGUUAAUUCGGUGCAGAAGAGAGUUAAUUCAGUGCAAAGAAAGUUAUAAAUCAGACAUUCUGAUUGGUCAAUAAUGGAAAAAACUCACAGAUAGCCAAUCCAAUGCCAACCUUGGAUGUCGCAACAAAAUUUCAAAAUCUGCGAGCGAAGCAAUGGCCGGUGUUUUAAAUAGGUUUUCUUUCCCCACCGCAGCUGAAAAACAGCUCAAACAUACAAAACGCUGUAAAAAACACUGCUUUUUGGUUGUCGGUUUGGAAAAAGUGGUGUUUAGAGAAGGGAAUUACCAAGGAGAUCGAAAAUUACGAGCCGACCCAGCUCAACACUUUGCUCGAGUGAUCCAACGCCGAAAUCAAAAACAAACAGGGUUAAACCUCGGAAACGACGAUUCCAUUUCAUCGAAAGUGAUUCGGACACAGACUUAACAAUUCCUUAAAUUGUUUAGCUGGAGUUUGAACUCUUUUGCCCCUUAAAGAGGAGAAGAUAUCAUUGCAUAUUAUUGUUUUGAUCGUACGCGGUUGUUGUGACCGAACGCACAGUUUGAAUAAAUUAUUUUUGCACUUGAUGCGUGCGCUUUACUUAUGCUUAAUUAUGAUAAGCCAUCUCGUAUUUUCCUUGUAUAUCAUUAACACGUAAUCACAUGAUUUUUCUCGUGUAAUUUGGAAUAAACAAGCACUUGCUAAUUUUUUCAAAGACCACAAAUUGCAAUUUUGUUGGUCUUUAAAAAAAAUUUACUCGUGCUUAUUUAUUCGAAAUUCCCAGAAGUAAAUAUGGUCUGUGUGUCUUUGUGUUUGCACAUCAUUUUCUUCUUAUAAGAUGAAGUCAAACUGUAAAAUUUUUAUUUAUUUCUUAGGAAUGCUUUAGCGUUAUGAAAAUGCAUUAAAAAAAUGAAUAUAUGAUGAGUGUGUAGUUUCAUAAACAUGUCUGUUUACAUUUGUAAUUUCUUUUAUCUUUUGUUCCGUGCAGUUCCCUCUAAGGUUUAUACAUUGGAGAAAAUCACAGUGAUAGAGGGAGAAAACAGGACUUUAACCUGUAAUGUUUCUGGAAGUCCUGUGCUGGCUGUAACAUGGACAAAAGCUGGCAGCCGUAACCAGUCCAUUGGAAUCAUGCUUUAUCUUACAAACAUCAGCAGGAAUAAUGCUGGUGAAUACGAAUGUAAAGCUACAAAUGACUGUGGAAAUAGCUCUGCUGGAAUUUUCCUCAUUGUGCUCUGUAAGUAAUUAUAAUUAAUAUUAAUGAAUAAUGAUUGAGUAGAUAUAUGCUUUAAGGUUUAGAGUGUUCAUCUUGUAGCAUAUUUUCCACUCUUUGCUAAGUGCGAGUUGCUAGACUCUUGAACUGUGAGGAAUACCCUCUCUUUUCUCAAGUUUUUUUUUAAGUUUUAAAGAUUAAUAAGCACUUGGGAGGCUAGAGUUUUAUUGCAUAGGAAAUUGUAUGGAGAAUAACGCUGAAUAUAAAUUGUCUUUAGGAGUUCAACUUGAUAUAUCGAGGUGCGCAUGAGAAAAGAAAUUUAAAUCCAAAAGCAAUUAUGCAUCAAUUUUUUUUAUUUUAACUUCUCAAUUUGUGGGCAACCAUAAUUUUGAAAAAAAUUUACGAAUAACCUUAGACUGAGAAUUGUGAAGGCUUUGCCAGUCAUUUACUACCCCAAAAAAAUGGUGCGAAAGGCAAGUGACGUGUCGGCAGCUGAUUAGCAAUCUCAAACACGUCAAAAAGUACCGUAAAUUUAGACAGUCAUGUACAGUUACCAUUUUCCCUAGGGCUAGAAAUUGUUAUAAAAAUGUGGAGUUUAUACAAUAAAACAUUUUGCUCUACAAUUUGGGAGAAAACUGAGUGAUGCUAAAGUGCAGUGAAAUGUGGCGUUCCAUUUCUGAUUUAAAUCUUACAGAUAAACCAGAAAAGUUCAACUUCACAGUGAGUAACUCAACUGUGUGCCAGGGUUCUGUGGUCACCUUCAACUGUUCAGCAGAUGCAAAUCCCCCUGUGGAUACAUAUCAUUUGUUAGAGAAUGGUUUGUAUGUUAGGAAUGGCAGCAACAGUCUUGAAAUGUGGAGCAGGAACAUGUCAACUGGAGGAGUGUUUAACUACAAGUGCAUAGCAAACAACUCUGUGGGAACAGCGUACAGCAUGAGUGUAACAGUUACUGUAAAUGGUAAGCAACAUAUAGAGAAUUAUCUGAUGCGAAUUCUGAGAUGUUACAUCAUGGGUGGGUUCUUCAAUUUCUUGUUCUCUCUUUUAUGUCAUCAAUUAAAUGAAAUAUGCAAUUUAUAAACUUGGCAUUAUACACAUAUUGGAAAUAAUUUAGAUUAAGGUGGCAUAAAAAAAAGAAGCUUCAACUUAGAAAAACUGGUAAUUUCCUCUUGAGAAAUAUUCAUGCCAUAGAUUUACUGGCUACUGGUGAAUCUACACCGUUUUUAUAAAAGUGGAAUUGUUUGUGCUUAGUUGUCAACUGUCAACCUAGCUUACAAAUGUUCUUUACAACAACGAUGAAGUUCACUACAAGAGCUGUGAAUAUCAAACUCCUGAAGAGAGGUUUUUAGAGACCCAUUUUUUCCCCAUGUGCAUGACAUAACAUCCUUCCUGACAUGAAGAAUGAGUUUAUUUGUAUUUAAAUCACAGUACCAUCAUCCAUACAAGCAAUACAAGAUCAGAAUGUAACCGAAGACCACAGUUUUACUCUGACAUGUAAUGUAACCGGAAUGCCUCCACCAUGGGUGUCUUGGAUUAAGCCUUAUGGUCAGAGUGUUGCUGGAAAGGUAUUGGAGUUUUUGAAAAUUAAUAGAAGUGAAGCUGGAGAAUACACAUGUGAAGCGAGUAACGAGUGUGGCAACUCAACAGAGAUGGCAAGCAUUGAUGUGCAGUGUAAGCAUUUCAUCUAUAAAAGUCACUGCCCUAUUGCUUUAGACUCUGUGGAGAAAAGCAUUUUGCAAAACCUUAUGGCUGUUUUGAAUUCUUGCUUUACAUAGUCAAACCGGAGAAUGUGGAACUGGCAAUAUCUGCAAUGAACAAUAAAGCCUGUCUGGGCGAUGUCGUCAACUUUACCUGCUCAGCUAAUGCUAAUCCGGCGGUGAGCUUGUACCAGCUUUUUGAGGACGACACUGCUCUUUUAGACAAAAACGCUGUAGGAAUGUGGAACAGGAGAUUUACAAGUGGAGGGGUGUAUUUCUACAAAUGUGUGGCUAAUAACACGAUGGGAUCAAUAAAAAGUAAAGAUGUUAGGCUUACAGUCAAAGGUAAUUUCUUUGAAUUUUGUCAAUCCAUAUUUUGGUUUUCUGCAUUUUGCAUUAGUAGAUGUUUUGGCAAAGUACAUUUUAAAGAGUCGGUAACUCACCCUAUUCCUUAUGUAGGAACAAUACUCAUCAAGUUAAUCUUGUUUUACAUAUAUGUGUCCAAAUUCCUAAAAGUAUAUGGUUUGUGUGCGUGUGUGUGUUUGUACAUCAUUUUCUUCUUUUGAGAUGAACUCAAACUGUAAAAUUUACUUAUCUUUUAGGUAUCCUUUAGUGUUAUGCAAAUACAUUAAAAGAAAAUAAAAAUAGUGUAGUUUCCCAAACAUGUAUGUUUACGAUUGUCAUUUUUUUUAUGUUUUGUCUUGUGCAGUGCCCUCUAAGGUUUAUCCAUCGGAGAACAUCACAAUGAUAGAGGGAGAAAACAGGACUUUAACCUGUAACGUUUCUGGAAGUCCUGUACUGACUGUAACAUGGACAGAAGUUAGCAGCCGUAGUCAGUCCAAUGGAAUCAUGCGUUAUCUUACAAACAUUAGCAGGAAUAAUACUGGUGAAUACGAAUGUAAAGCUAUAAAUGACUGUGGAAAGAGCUCUGCCAGAAUUUUCCUCACUGUGCUCUGUAAGUGAUUAUUAUUAAUACUGAUCGAGUAAAAAUAUGCAUUAGGGUCUAGAGUGUUCAACUUGUAGGACAUUUUGCACUCCUUGCUAAGUGUGAGUCGCUAGAUUCUUGAGCUGUGAGUCAUUCCUCUCUAUUUUCUUAAGCUUGUUUUGAAAUUAAUAAUGAGUAAGAAGCUGCAUUGUUCUCCUGCAUGGGAAAUUGAAUAGAGAAUAGCGCUAUAUAUAUUAUUUCUUUUUAAGUGUUUAACUUAAUUCAUCGAGGUCCAUAUGAGAAGAGAAAUUCAUAUCAGUAAAGGAAGGCAUGCUUUUUUUGUUAUUUUUUUACCAUCCCAGUUCUGUUAGCAACUACAAUCCAAAAUAAAUUGACGAAUAACCUUGCAUUGAGAGUUGUGAAUGCUUUGUCAGUCACUUAUGAACCUGACAGAAUGGUGCGAAAGGCAUGUGACGGGUCGGCAGCUGAUUAGCAAUAUCAAACACGUACAGUUACGGCUUUCCAUAGGGCUGGAAAUCGUUGUUAAAAUCUGCAGUUUGUAUAAUAAAACGUUUUUUUCAGUGGUAUUCCAUUUCUGAUUUAAAUCUCACAGAUAAACCAGAAAAUUUCAACUUCACAGUAAGUUACUCAACCGUGUGCCAGGGUUCUGUGGUCACCUUCAACUGUUCAGCAGAUGCAAAUCCCCCUGUGGAUACAUAUCAUUUGUUAGAGAAUGGUGUGUAUGUUAGGAAUGGCAGCAACGGUCUUGGAAUGUGGAGCAGGAACAUGUCAACUGGAGGAGUGUUUAACUACAAGUGCAUAGCAAAUAACUCUGUGGGAACAGCUUACAGCAUGAGUGUAACAGUUACUGUAAAUGGUAAGCAACAAAUAGAGAAUUAUCUGUUGUGAAUUCUCAGAUAUGACAAUUUGUGUAGGUUCUCCAAUUUCUUGCUCUCUCUUUGAUGUCAUCAAUUAGAUGAAAUAUGCAAUUUAUAAACUUAGAAUUACGAGCAUAUCAGUUAUACAAGUAGAUAAAGGUGGCAAAGAGAAAGAUUACGCUGCAGCCUAGAGAAAAUGGUAAUUUCCUCUUGAGAAAUAUUCAUGCCAUACAUUUAGUGGCUACUGGUGAGUCUAGACCAUUUUAUUAGUGCUGCAACUUGGUAGGGCAGACUGUGCUUGUUGUGGUUUGUUAGCAAUUAGUCCUAGCAAAGGAAAUGGUAAACCCUAUCUACCUUGUCAGUAGUUUUGAAAAGGCGCAGCUAUACUUAAAACCAAGGAGUAAAUGGCCAACUUUUAGAAUUUCUGACAGCUUCUGCAGCCUUAUUGGAGCCAUAUGUCUCUCUUGAGGAUUACGGGAAGUCUAAGGUUGUGGCUUGUGGCUUGUGGGAUAAAAUUUGUGAGCUAGCGCGUUAAGUCAUUUCUGAUGACUUCUGCUGAAGGAAAAGAAAUGGGAGAGGCAGGUGUGCUUGAAAAGCUGGAUAGAUUAUGAUGUCCCACCGAUUAAUUUAUUUCGACCUCAUGCUAUUGACCCCUUCGUUUGUGUGGUGUCAGUAAGCCAAUAUCUGCCUACAGCUUCGUAUACAAGGCCUGUGAAAGAGACUCUAGCAGCGUGAAAAAGACACCUAGGGUAAGAAAACUUAUCGCUCUAGAGAGUUUCUUUUUCCGAUGGAGGAUAUUUAUGAAACUUCAGGAAGUAGACAACACUAGGAAAAUGAUUAAGAAGGGCUAUUAAAUGUAAUAUGACCAUUGUCCCAUGCAAAUCUACAAUCUACAUCUUCUGCAUGGGCAGCGAAUGAGAAGAACUCGGAAAAAGUCCCAUCUUCCAGAAAGAGCGUAUCCACAAGGGUAGUGGGUGUCUUUGGUCCAAACAUGUUGCACAGUUACAUUACCAUCGUCGUGUUUCUUACAUGUACAUUCCCACCCUUUCUUACAUUUAUUAAGAGAAAAAAAAAAUCAAUCCAGUUAUAUGUAUGCAACUCGUUCAUGCAAUGUAAUUAUUGAAGCAGCUCCUAACGAUGAACCUCUUCGUUCUCUGAACUCAGCAUGGAUCAUAAUUACUGUCCAUUUGCCCUUGAUACAACAAUGCUAAGAAAAUCAAUGAGAAUGAUCACGCAGACAUGCCAUAUUGGCAUUUCUGCAUCGCAAGAGCUUGGCUUCCCUUGCUAGAUCAAAAGAAACUAUCGGCCACUGCGUUUGACGUGUAAGUUAUUGAGCACGAACAGCCACCCAGCAUGAGCUAUGACAGUUUCAGUUCCCAAAACAUGCAUUGUAUCACCACUUUGACAUAGUCCAAAACACGAGGCGAUCGUACCUACUUUGAGUUACUUGAAGAGCUCUAUGAUGCAUGGCUGCAUCUUCUUUUUCGGCCUUCAACCGCCCUAGGAAAGGCCUUUAUCUUCACACCAGGUUUGAUGUGGAACUGUUCAUGUGGACCCAAGGAAAUGCUCUUUGAUGGCAAUGCAGCCUUUGUCAUUCAUAGUGAAGAGAAUAAGACAGAUACUGAGUUAUAAAUUUCCUAAUGCCUCUAGUCAGUCCAAGUGAAGAAAAUCUGCAUCAGGGUGCAAGAUUUCAUAAACAAUCCCAAAAUCAAAGCUGAUAACGCCACCUUGCAAGAUUGCUAGUGAGCUCCCCAAUCUGAGCAAGUCAACAAAUGGCAAGGGCAGUGAAGGACUAUGAUGGCUAAGCUGUCCAAACAUACUGAAUGCGGACAAAAAAAGGAAAGAAAAAAGAAAGGAAAACAGUGCUCGUGGUGUGUAAUUGGAUUUGCGUGCACUAGACAUGCGUCAUCACCUUUUUUCCCACACGAAAGCGACAUAUGAAACACCUGCACGAGGCUUGAAGUAUUACUUUCUCUCCUCAGCCAAUUUCAUCUUUAAGAACAAGUCUCUGUAAGAAUCAAACAUCUUAGGAAAUGAAAAUUUUCAACCCCCCUUCAAAUUUUGCAUACAGUUAGGCACUCAGGGGGGAUGCACAAAAAUGCCCUUUUUAAAGGUCGCAGCACUCUUGUUGCCAUGGUAACAACGGCUGCUUGUUCGAGGCCUGGGGCCUCAUUUUCAUACAAAAACGUCGCAAAAAAAGAGUGAAAUGUUUAUUUCUCUAUCUCAAGCUGAAUACAACAUUACAAAUUGGCACUUCUACCAUAUAUAGUGACAUCAUUCGUCUUCACUUUGAUUUAUUCAAUUUUCCCUGGGAGUGAAUGUGAACACACCAAUAGAUUAUUCAUGUCGGUACAGUUUCGGUCAUUUUUGUUGUCGGGUAAAACAGGGAAAACGUUUAUCUGAAUUUCUCCAAAAGUACACCAAUACUGGAACUGAAACUAUCCACCUAGCUGGUUAUAAUAUUCUAUUUUUUAAAUAUGUAAAAAUCUCUGCGGGCCUGUCUCUACUUUUUGUAGGGGCAAUUCGCGAAAAAAGCUCAAAAUCAGAUAUUGCAUAAUUUAGCGAUGUUUGCAUCUAAUGUUCUCAACAACAAAUGUUUCAGACAAAUGAAACGAGCGAGGCUUUGGAAGAAUGUUAUCUUAUGAGUAAUAUCCCGAAGAGAAAUCUCGCCUCUGGUUGUCAUCUUUUAAAAAAAUUGAUCAAACUUCAUGGAGGACUAGACAUGUACGUUAUCACGAUAGCGUGACGCUGUAUUUCUUCAUGAAGUUUCCAUCGGUCGCUCCAAAGAAGACAGGAAAUGGUUAUUUUUCUUAUAUGUCUGCAGAUUUCCGCUUACUGAAGUAAAAACAACCAAAAAAAAAAGAGGAAAACCUUAAUUGAACGCUCGUAAACACUGAGAAUCUGAGAGUAUAAAUCGUAGCUUGUCAGCGGCAGUAAUACAUGUAAAACCCAGUUUGAAGAAUAGCAAUUUGAACGACAUAGGCAUCUCCUUACAAAGAACAGAUUCGGGCAAUUAUAAUUUCCUUGAGACAGGAAUUAAGAUUUUCCAAAUCAUGUGAAAACAGUCAGAAAACUGUUAGAAAAUUUGCAUACGAUAUGAAGAGGAGGGACUUAUCACCGCCGCAGUGCUAUCGAGUCAAUCAAUGUUUCCUUCCAUGUCUUCAUGAAGAAAAAAUCAUAACAAAGUUCGAAAUAAAAGAUUUAAUGAAAUCAUAAUGUCAUAAUUCCACCUUUUAAACAACUUAUUAUCCACAUGCAAAACGCAACUUGUCACUUGAACGAAACUCCCCACGGUUAAUAUGUAAUCCGGAUUGCUUCAUGUCCUUCAGAAAAAGGACAGCGAUUUCAUCACCACUAUUUUCCAUACUUUUCUCCCGGAUAUCUUUUACAAGCUUAAAAAAAGAUGAAUAUACCGCAAUCUCCCAGUGAUUUACACGAGAGGAAGUCAAAGGUCUCUUCAAUUUUCCCCUGAGGUGGCCGGCUCACCAGGAAGAAAAAGGAGAUCGUUCGGUCUAAUAUUGUUAGACUGUGGAGAUUAUCAAGCCAAUAACUUGAGAAGAUUAUGCCCUUUCGUUCAUCAGUGACAGCAUUAAUUAUUUCAAAUCUGUAUUUCUCAGUCCAAGUGACACCAAAAAAAGUUCCUUUGUAAUUUUGUAAGCACUUUCUAGAGCAUUUUAUUGUCAAGGGAAAUAAAUCUCAAGGCUUAAAGCCAAUAUAACGUUCGAGCACGUGAAAGAAUCCCUGAAAAAAGCUAAAUUUUGGAAAUUGAUUGUGAUAAAAUCCCUGUUCCGUUUUCUGUACUGCAGGGAUACUGAGUAGUUCAAAAUCUCCACUUUCUGAUGAUUUUCGCGUCGUACAAAUUGCCAUUGUUGCGACUGGGUUUUACAUGUAGUACUGCCGCUGACAAGCUGCGAUUUCUGCCCUCAGAUUCUCAACGUUUACGAGUGUUCAAUUGAGGUUUUCUUCUUUUCUUUGGCUGUUUUUUACUUAAAAUGCGCGGAAAUCUGCUGAUAUAUCCAAAAAUGUCCAUUUCUCGUCUUCUUUGGAGCGAUCGAUGGAAACUUCAUGGAGAAAUACAGCGUCAUGCCAUCGUUACAACGUACAUGUUUAUGACAAAUGACUGGUGUGAGGAUAGUUUCGUAUAGAUCAGCCGACUUCAACAUGUUUCAAAUUACAUACAAGUAUAACAGUGUAUCUUCAGAGGACUUCGGAUCGCUCAAAUUCCCAUGAAAGAAGGUGCAGCACUCGGAAUCUGGAUGAUAUGCACACGAUUUGAGGUAUAUGUUUGUAGUUACGUCGGGUAGUCCUCCAUGAAGUUUGAUCAAUUUUUUUAAAAGAUGACAACCAGAGGCGAGAUUUCUCUUCGGGAUAUUACUCAUAAGAUAACAUUCUUCCAAAGCCUCGCUCGUUUCAUUUGUCUGAAACAUUUGUUGUUGAGAACAUUAGAUGCAAACAUCGCUAAAUUAUGCAAUAUCUGAUUUUGAGCUUUUUUCGCGAAUUGCUCCUACAAAAAGUAGAGGCAGGCCCGCAGAGAUUUUUACAUAUUUAAAAAAUAGAAUAUUAUAACCAGCUAGGUGGAUAGUUUCAGUUCCAGUAUUGGUGUACUUUUGGAGAAAUUCAGAUAAACGUUUUCCCUGUUUUACCCGACAACAAAAAUGACCAAAACUGUACCGACAUGAAUAAUCUAUUGGUGUGUUCACAUUCACUCCCAGGGAAAAUUGGAUAAAUCGAAGUAAAGACGAAUGAUGUCACUAUAUAUGGUAGAAGUGCCAAUGUGUAAUAUUGUAUUCAGCUUGAGAUAGAGAAAUAAACAUUUCACUCUUUUUUUUGCGACGUUUUUGUAUGAAAAUGAGGCCCCAGGCCUCGAACAAGCAGCCGUUGUUACCAUGGCAACAAGAGUGCUGCGACCUUUAAAAAGGGCAUUUUUGUGCAUUCCCCCUGAGUGCCUAACUGCAUGCAAAAUUUGAAGGGGGGUUGAAAAUUUUCAUUUCCCAAGAUGUUUGAUUCUUACAGAGACUUGUUCUUAAUGAUAUGCUAUGAUAUGUGAGGAAUGAAAUACCGCCGGUAGAUCGAGUCACUUCUCUUUCAGUCAUAGGAUGCUAUGGCUUGCAAGUAGAGCUAUGAGAUGGCGCAUGAACCCAUCUACUUCAGGUAUAAUUAGGGCAAAGGUCUAAAGCAUGGUAGCGCGCAUUCACCGUUUUUUUAGAUUUAAAAGGUGGAAAUGUUUGUGCUUAGUUGUCAACUUUCAACCUAGCUUAGGAAUAUUCUUUACAACUACAGUGAAGAUCGCUAGAAGAGCUGUGAAUAUCAAACUCCUGAAGAGAUGUUUCAAACUUUUUAAGAGACCCAUUUUCCCCAUGUUCAUGUGUAUGGCAUAACAUCUUUCUUUAUAUAAAUAGUGAGUUUAUUUGUAUUUAAAUCGCAGUACUGUCGUCCAUACAAGCAAUACAUGAUCUGAAUGUAACUGAAGGCCACAACUUAUCUCUGACAUGUAAUGUAUCUGGAAUGCCACCACCAUGGGUGUCUUGGAUUAAGCCUGAUGGUCAGAGUGUUGCUGGAAAGGUAUUGGAGUUUAUGAAAAUUGACAGGAGUGAAGCUGGAGAAUACACAUGUGCAGCGAGUCAUGAGUGUGGCAACCCAACAGAGAUAGCAAGCAUUGAUGUGCAGUGUAAGCAUUUCAUCUUUAAAAUCCUCACCACAUUGGUUUAGACAAUGUGGAGAAAAGUAUUUUUAAAACCUAUUGGCUGUUUUAAAUUUUUGCUUUUUCAUAGUCAAACCGGAGAAUGUGGAGUGACACGUAAAAAGCAGUGAUCUGUGACAUUCUAUUUCUCAUUAAAAUCUUGCAGAUAAUCUCCAAUUUUGUAGAUUUUUGAGUGACUUCUAUAAUUCAGUGAACUGUGGCAUUCCAUUUCUCAUUUAAAUCUCACAGAUAAGCCAGAAAAGUUCAAUUUCACAGUAAGUAACUCAACUGUGUGCCAGGGUUCUGUGGUCACCUUUAACUGUUCAGCAAAUGGAAUUCCUCUGGUGGAUACAUAUGAGUUGUUAGAGAAUGGUGUGCUUGUUAGGAAUGGCAGCAACAGUCUUGGAAUGUGGAGCAGGAAUAUGUCAACUGAAGGAGUAUUCAACUACAAAUGCAUGGCAAAUAACUCAGUAGGAACGGCGUACAGUAUGAGUUUAAACGUUACGGUUGAUGGUAAGCAAAUAUUACCAAAUGUCAACUGCAGGAGUUGAUAGAGCACUGCACCGGCAUCGUAGAGGCCAUGAGUUUAACUUUCAUCGGCCCCUUAUGACAUCUGAUGUUGAUUCUUUUGACUUUAUAUCAAGACACCAGUGCUGAAUUGAAAAGAGCUCUAAUACUCCCCUCUCCAUAAUUAAACGAAAUGAGUACUGGAUAUUAAGUACGAGUACAGAGAUCAUCUUCGCAAGUGAACUGCACUCAAACAAAUUUUAAAAAAAUUAGUUCCUCCCUCAAUUUUUUUAGGCCAGGCACAUGCCGACAGAUCCGCAUAGUAGAUACUCGGAUACUUUGCUGUUCAGAAGACAAAGAUAUUGCUGCUUUCAUAAUGCACUGGUUUGCAAUAUGGCCGUUACGAGAUUAUAACCUACCAUUAUUUAAUUUCAAAUAAGAGAGACGUAAUAUAUGGAGCAAUUCUUUAUUUUUUAUCACGAAGGUGUACAACCAAUAGAUAAUAGGACAGUCACUGAAGGAGGAAAUGUGACUUUGACUUGUCAAACAUUCGGAAGAAGCUUCCAAAGGCUAACUUGGUUCAAACCUGAUGGUCAAUCUGGGGAUGAAAAUGUACUGGAGCUUGUAAACAUUAGCAGGAAUGAAGCAGGAGAAUACAGAUGUGAAGUCCAUAGUGAAUGUGGCGAUGAAACAGAAACAGUAAACAUCGAUGUCCAAUGUAAGCGAAUUUUUUUAUCAUUUUUAUGUUUGUUCAAUGAAUGUUUCGCAGCUGUUUUGAAAAAGGUACAUUUGAUGCACUGGCAAUUCUUGAUAGUCGCAUGUUUUUGGUUGAAUGAAGUUAUUUUAAUUGAGUGAUGAUAAUCAAUCUUAAUCGCACUUUAUGUAAAUUUAAUAGCUACCACAUUACGUGAAAUUCGCUUGAUCAAUCUUUUUUCUUUUUAUUUUAUGUAGUGUUGAUCUAUUACUGUUUUUCCUUACAUUGCCUUAAAAAGUGUUUAAAUUUAUAAAACACCUAAACGCAGUGAAUUUGCUUCUUUCUCUGGACACUGGUCUUUUGUUAUUCUUCUAGACAAACCAGAGAUCGUGGAUUUAAAAACAUCGUCAUUUGCUGGCACACAUUGUCAGGGUGACAUCAUCAGCUUUAAUUGCUCAGCUUAUGCUAAUCCAUCCGUAACGUCAUAUCAGUUGUUUGAGAACGAAACUGCUAUCCUAGACACAAACCCAUCAGGAAUGUGGAACAGGAGACUGCCAGCUGGGGGAGUGUUCAUGUACAAAUGUAUGGCCAACAACUACUUGGGAUCAGAAGACAGUUUACCUGUUAUUGUCGAAGUGAAUGGUACGCUUAACUGCGCAGUUUAGUGAAGCUGUAAAGCUUAUUUUAUCUGCGUACAUUUAUCAAUUUACAUCAAUCUGUUAGUUGCGCUGCAUACCCGACCAAACUCGUUCAUUUGCAUACUACGGGACAUAUAAAGGGUCAAGUGAGAAGUGGGGAUUUAAAUGUAUGAUAAGGAGCGGAAAGCGUUUGAACGUUAUUUUUUCCUUGUCAAAUUAAAUUGAUAGAAAAAAAGGAGAAACUGCGACGUAAAAUCAUGUCCUCUUCAGUAAUGCUUACCUUUAUACAUUUCAGUUCAACUAAGGCUAUCAGAAUCCUUCAAUCAAAUUUUUCCAAUCAAAAACAAUGAUUGUUAUCCAAUUAUUUCAGUCCGUAGAACCAAAGCAUACUCCGUAGUUGGUGACUGCAUUUAUAAACCUAUUUGCUAGAUUGACUAAAUUCGUGAAUGAAGUUAUUAAGGGAAGAGACAGUUACAAUUUAGAUCAUGACGCAAACUUUGUACGAUUUGAAAUAGGAUCAUAACUUAUCCUAUCUGUGCUUGACUGUGGUUGAACAGUACACCUUUAGAAGUACACUGUAUGAGAAUUCUUUGUUCUGUUCAUACCUCAGUGCCUUCAUCUAUACCUGCACUACAAGAUCAGAGUGCAACUGAAGGUGACAAUGUGACUCUGUCGUGUCCUGUAUCUGGAAUGCCUCCCCCAGUGGUUUCUUGGAUGACACCCAAUGGUCAGCGUCACAGUGGCAACAUGUUGGAGCUUACAAGCAUUAACAGAAGUGAAGCCGGUGAAUACAAAUGUGAAGCCAGCAACGAGUGUGGCAAUGCAACAAGGACAGCAAGCAUUCAUGUGCAGUUGAAGUUGCCCGGUACACGUGUCCUUAUUAGCGUACCUUUUCAGUUAUCGGUUCAUAGUAUUAUUCCAAGUCAACAAAUCUGCAUUGGAAAUCAUGUUCCAUGUUCUUUAGGACUGACAAUUUUUCUUCCUUGUAAUGAGUCUUCGUUAUGCGAUAGCACCUUAGUUUGUUGUUAUUGGUAUGCUAUGGCACGCUCUUAUUGGUUCAUUUCGAUAUUCAUAAUUAUUCUGACUAUUAGAUAUUGUUCCCUUAAAGGUCCCCUUUGUAACAGAUCGGUUGUUAUGCGUUUUGAUCAUAAGCAUCCAUUGAUGUUAUUAGGAUGAAUUCUUAAGUGGACGGCUUCUUUAACCUUACUUGCGUAACACAAAGAGUCAUAAUCAAAAAAGUCUAACCUGGCCCCAAACAGGAACCGGUCCUGUUCCAAAGGCGUGUUCUGAAACCACCAAAUUCUGAGAACAGGCAGGUUAUAGAUCUCUUUAAUGUUCUUUAAUUCUCUGUCUCCCUGUUCCUCCGAUGUAUUCUUUGUCACAUUUACUUGUGAUUUUGUAAAGAACGCCCUCCCGCUGUACGUAAACUUUCAAACUUGUUGCCUAACUAGCAGUGGAACAGUCGAAGCGUUGCGAUCAAUACACAAUUGAUUAGCCUGACACUAACAUCGUGAGAAAAACGAUUAAACCUUUAAAUCUAUAAAGCCACGAUCUACAACAACAUCUUCUGUGAUAAAAUAAUGCUCAGCGCAGUGACAAUAAUUCUAUCUCCUGACCUUGGUGUUGCAGACGGUGAUAUGAUAUGGCCAAAAUAUAUCUUUUUAACAAUACUGUUGCAAAUAUUAUUUCCACUUUCCAAUUCCAAGUGACAAUUAAAAACACAAUACAGCUUUUAAGGCUAGAAUCUUGAACCUUGAAACGCUUUUCUCAGAACAAAAAAUUCAAGAGAACAACCUUAUCAAAUAGAAAAUAUCUAUCAACCAGUAAAAAUAUAUGAUUUGAAAAGCUCUUGGAGUAAGUUUUUGGCUCUCCCGCUUAAAACAUUAGCGGAACUUUCAUUCAUUCAAUAACUUCUUUUGACUUUUGUGCUUGUAGGAAACCCUUGCCUUGUGGAAUGUAUCAAUGGACAAACUUGCAGAGAAUUUGGAAAACCCUUUUGUCUUUGUCCAAAGGGAAAAAAGGGAAAAGAUUGCAAAGAAAAUGGUAAGUCAAGCGAAGGAAGACGAAUAUUUUGACCCAUUGGUUGACGAGACGUCAAUAAAUUGAAUCUCGAGGAUGUAAAGGGGGAGGAGAACUACGAGAUUUCUUCAAAAAAUCCGGGAAUGUAAGCUCGCUAGUUCCCUAUAAUUACCCGAUAGGUCAGGAUUUUACUAAAUACGAAAUACCAGAAACCGAAUUAUUAGUGUGGUAUGUGAGGGCCCUUUUUUCUUUGCUACAAUUUCGCUGCUUUGCUUAAUAGUAGGUAAUGAAUUUUAAUAUGUUGCAAGCUACAUCUUCAGGCUAAUUAAGUUGGACUUCCGUUUAUCUUGCUUCAAUAGACACAGUGGCAAUUGUUAUCAUGAUCAGCCUUAAAAUUAGCAAUAAAAAGUGGAGAGAGGAACUUACAGACUUGUCUGACCUAGAUACACAACUGUUUGUUGGAAUAAUAAUACGUUCGGUAAGUCAUUUGUGUUAUCAUAUUUUUGAGAAGGUGCUCAUUACUUAAUUAAAUAAAAAAUCAAUAAGAAUGAGAUAUUUUCUAUCCAACAAUAUAAUCAUUGCUGCAGUAUCAAAAUUCGUAAGGAUUUUCUCUAUUAAAUACUGCAAUAAAAGAGAAGGAAGAAAGUUAUCUUAGUUCUCCUUUGCUCUGUAUAGAAAAGCUUUCCUUAACCCAAUUGCUCUAAACAUUAUCGGGGAAAUAAACCUCGUUCUCUGUUGAAGUGCGUGUAGAGAGCAAAAAUAAAUCAAAAAAUAAAAUAAAUUGUAAUAAAACAAGUCAAAACACCCUUAUGUCCUUUCGUAUAAUUAUGAGCUUAUCCCUACUCUCCUUUCCUUACCAUACUUACUUGUGAUUUGGAUAUGGUUGCUUUUUAGGUCGAUGAAGAAUUUAAAGGUUCUGGCGUCAGAGAAAUUAAUGUAACGCACCUGAGGUAUCAUCAUUCAUCGAUGACGAAAUCUACUUAUUCUACUUUGAUUUUAAAAUUCUUUAUGUUUCUGGUUGAGAUACUCUUUAAAACGUUAAAGUUGAAGAAAAUUUUGGAUUUACUUUUCUUAUCUUUUUAUAGAGAGGGAAGUGUUAUCGCAGACAUAUCGCUCACUUUUGACGAGCCUGUUGGAGAAAGUGAAGUAGAAUCAUUGCUUCUAGAUGCAAUUAACGAUGGAAGCCUUGGUACCCUAAAAGUAGAUACUUUUUCCGUAGGAUCAACUAUUUCAGGUGUUUAUAAACUUUCAACGACGGUAAUUUGGAUUGUUCCUAAUGAAAAUUGGGUCUGUGACCUGCUAAUUUGUACUAAAGAGGAAUUACAUAUGUGGUGGAAACCCUCGGAAGCUACGCUUUUAACUUUAAGCUCGUGUGACAAAUAUCUUUGUGAUAUUCUUGUACAGUGGGUGUGCACCGAAAACAUUAUUUGAUUAUAAGGCCGAAGAAAAAUUCAGCGAUAUUUUUUUUAUCUGUUAUGGAUGCUGAUAAAUGUGCAUAGCUGUGUUUUAAUUAAAAUAACUCUUAUUAAUUCAACUGAACAGUUAAGAAAGGCAUUGCUUCUGUAAACUGUAUGUCAUUUAUUCACGAUUUAGUUACUGUUCCCCGUCCAGUUCCAUCUGAACCAGCAAAAGUGAAUAAGGAUGCUAUUUAUGGCUCAGUUAUUGGGGUCCUCGCCUUUAUGUUCGCUUUUGCUAUUAUUUUCAUUGCCUGGAAGCGCCGCAAACGUAAGUAGAGUUAAUUACUAUAUUUAGUUGGUAGAUGCUCUGAUUCGAGAUGCCAGUAACCGAGAUUCAUGAUUUGUGGACGAUUGACAAAAGGAGAUUCAUUUGAAGAAUAUAAUGGAAACUGAGAAGGGGGAAGGAAAGAAGAAACACCCAGGAGUCGGAGAACUUUCAUCAUAGUGUAAUCAUUUCGCAAAGUCUUUCAAUUCAUGACAUCAAUUAGCGGCAUUACGCUUACUCUCGUUCAAUAUAUAAUUAUUAUUAUUUCUGAAUGGAAGUACUUACAAGCGAAGGAGCUGGAAAUACAUGAAGCUUAAUUGAUGAGGACUUUUUGAAUUUUAAAAUAAUUUACGCAGCUGUUUUCUCUUCAUCUAAUGUCUUUUUUUGUUCUUUCCACACUUCUUAGGUGAAAAAGAUGAUCGGUAAGAUGUCAUUACUAUAAAAUGUUAGAAGAGCAUCUGUAGAUCAAAUUAGUAAAAAACAGGCUUUGCUCGUAAUUGUAGUCCUGUGAAAAGUUUCUAUUGUUAGUAUAUGUUAAUAUUGUCCCAUAUAUAAAAGCACAACAGUAAGAGAAAGAAAAAACGGAGUGAAACCGAUUUAGUGUUGUUACGUUGCAUGAUAAACCAAUAUAUGGCAGUGAACAUUUUACCAAAAAAAAAAAAAAAAAAAUAUUUUGUGUGUAAGGUUUAGUCAGUUUCUAAGAAACUACUUCUAGUGUUUGAUUUUCUUUUAGACUCAAUACAGUCCUUAAAGAGUCACAUAGGCCUCACAUUGUAAGUACGGAGUACAUUUUGUUCGAAUAAUCUACUUACUCUGUGAGAUCAGCAAAUAUCUAAUAUCAAAGCUAAAGCAAAGUACGCAUACCUUCAAUUUUUUUCAAGGCCCUUGGGACUUGAAUACCGUGAAUCAGUUGUAUAAAGAUAGUGUUACAUAGGAAGAAAUUGAAGCUGUAUUUGCGAGUCAAAUCUUCUUAGUACUCAUUCGCAAGUGCUCACAGAAAGAGCGUUAAGUUCAGUGGAUGACAUCAUAGUAUUCAAGAAUCCUCUAAAAUUUUAUCCGAUUGUCGUAAGAAAGGUUACGGUUGCGUGCGAUUCUCCUUUAUUCUGGUCGCAAAACGAGCGAAUUAAAAUGAAAAAACAUACAAUUCCCUAAAGGGGGUUAGUUUCUAAAGAAACUGUGGUGCUGCAUCGGCGGGAGAAUAUAGCAGGGUAAAAAAAAGGGUAAAAAAAGCUGACGUUUCGAGCGUUAGCCCUUCGUCAGAGCGAUUGAAAUAAUUCCAUAGACAGGACAAUGCACCCAUUAAAUUUUGCAUCAAACUUCCCUUAAAAUUACGAGACCUCUUCCUUACUAGUAACCAAUCUGAAUGGGAACAAAACAGGUUAGACUAAGCGUGAAUCUCUUUUGAUUGGAAAACAGAACGAGGAAAUUGAACUGGAAAGUAGCGAUGGGAACCUUAGCACCGUGGUGCAUCAUGGUCCCGGGAAUUACAUGGACCUGAAUGAAGUUAGAUCACUUAAUGAACCUGCCACGGACCCAGCACGAAGUUAUUUAGAAAUAAACGAAUACGCUCCCCUGCACCCAGGAACGCGCUCAUGGGAAGUGGAAAGAGAAAAUGUAACGAUUGAAAAGGUUAUUGGAAAAGGUGCCUUUGGUCAAGUCGCUCAGGGAAAAGCUUCAAACCUUCGAGGAAAAGAGGAGACAAUUACAGUUGCCAUAAAAAUGCUGAAAGGUACUCUAUUCAUUAUCUAAAAAGCGUCUUAGUUAAGAUAAAGCUUUACUGUUACCGGAAAGUCGUCCUUUUCUCUAGGUAAUGCCACAGACACAGAGAGGAAAGACUUGCUGUCAGAGCUUGAAGUCCUGAAGAAACUCAAGCCUCAUCCACACGUUAUCAAGUUGCAGGGUUGCGUAACUGAAUCAGGUGCAGAAAGUAAAAUGAAACUGCUUAGUUUAUGUCUCCUUGUAUCACCCUGAAAACUUAAGGCCAAAAUUGCUCUGAAUUCAUGAUUUCUUUCUCUCUCAUUAUACCUAAUCCCGUCAUUGCUGAUCCUAACAGUAUCAACAAAGGGCGUUUGUAGCAAUUGCGCCUGGUUGAUAAUUAUUUUGUUCUAUCGCUACGGGUUACCGCAGACCCUGAGUUGAAUUUAGAAUGCCCUUGGCAUAACUGCAAAGUUUUUCGUUUUCCCAUUGCUAUAAUUACCACCUUUAGGUGAUAAUGUAGACGAUGUUUUCUGUUGUUUUCGACAUAUUUUUUUAGAUCCUUUGCUUGUACUUAUCGAGUAUGUCCCGUAUGGAGAUCUCCUGGGCUAUUUGAGAAAGAGCCGACAAUUAGAAGAUAAUUACUUCAAGGACCCGGAUAUUAAGCCACAGACCAGUUUGACUUCCCAGCAACUGAUGAAGUUUUCCUGGCAAGUGGCUGAUGGUAUGCAUUAUUUGUCCUCAAAAAAUGUAAGUUGGUUUUAGUAUAAAAAUAAGUUUACUGUCUCGGCGGCAAUAGAUGCAAGGGAAAACUUUUUUCAUUUUAAUUUUCAUCCAAAUUUUCAUGUGCAUAAAGUAAACUUGGAUGCAAGUGACUUAAGUUGGAAUUUGUUUAAUACUUAAACAAAGGAAAUUUUUCCAAUAUGGUUUAGUUGACCUUAAUAUGAUAAUAGAGCUUUAUGUUUGCAAUAAUAAAAACCGUCCAUUGCAUCUCUCACUUUUGUUUCGUUUUUGUUUAUGAGAUAGAAAUCAAUGAUCAGACAACGGAGGAAAAAGCAUUUAGUGGAAUGCUUUCAACUAUCCAUUAAUGCUCUGUAUUAUGUACGACAGAUUAUUCACCGCGACCUUGCAGCCCGGAACGUCUUGGUUGGAGAGCAAGAACGAUGUAAGGUAACCGAUUUUGGAAUGGCAAGAGACGUCUGCCAGGAAAACAUAUACGAAAGGAAGUCAAAGGUUUCUGAUUUCAUUAUCGCGAUAUGUUGUGUUUGGCGAAUCCCGUUAUCUAUCAGUAUUGAUAUAUGCUAUCUCAACCUCUUGUCACUUUGUUUCUCAAUAAUGUUUUACACUUCAUCAUUGUCAGAAAGUCCGCGAGAUAGACAAAAUGAAGAAUCAUCCCUCUUUUUCUUCAACAUUUCCUUUCACCUUGUUUCGAUAGGGAAGACUGCCAGUAAAAUGGACAGCUUGCGAAGCGCUGUUAUACGGACGAUAUACUACGAAAAGUGAUGUGUAAGUAGGUCUAAUAAGCUGAUAAACAGUUUAAAAGAUUAGAAAAAAAAUUUCAAAUCUAUUCAUGUUUAACCUGUAAUUUAAUUAUACCUGUAUGUGUCAACUUGCAAUGAAACCUUAUGGCAUUUUCUUUACUCAGAUGGAGUUUUGGAAUUGUGCUUUACGAAAUCUUCACGAUAGGUAUGUCAGAUAAUUGCGUUUCAGUGUAUUUUAUACAGAUGGCGCACUUUUUGAUCGAUUCGCUUUCUUCGUGUUUAAUCUCUCGUCUUAGGUGGCUCUCCUUAUCCGAAGAUUGACGGAAGAAAAAUGGCAGAUUUACUGACUCAGGGUUACAGGAUGCCUAAACCACGACACGUGGACGAUACCCUGUAAGACUAUGGACCAUGAAUUUAUUUAUUUAAUCAUGAACUUGCUAUGAAAAGUUUAGAAUUUUUUUCAUUACCUCUAUAACUCUUUAGCAACGAGAAUGGCAUUCCAGACCUAAACAAUCAAAUAUCAAUCUAUUGACCAUUACUUUCUUUGACUUCCUAGUCAUAGAGUUCCAACUUUCGUGCUUAGGUAGUUCCGAAAAAUAUAUUGUGAAAAACCUUUUAGUAGAAUUGGUAUCACCAAAACCCAAGUUUUAUUUAAUUUUUUUUGCUUUAUUCAGUUACAAGAUAAUGCAAGACUGUUGGCAAGAGAACCCAGAUGAUCGCCCAAUUUUUGAGAAUCUUAAGAACGAUUUGAAGGAAAUGGAAAAUCAACAUCAGGUGGAAUAUUUACAAAGUAAAUUUAAGGCUUGGUCACCUUUUGAUUUAGAAGUCGUUUAAUAGAUUCUCUUUUUAUUUUUCUUUACAGAGGCUCAUCAACAUGCAACAUUAUGACAACAUCCUUUACGCAAGCAUGGAUUAG